AUGACCGCUUACGACGAUUAUGGGAUGCCCGUCGGAGCAUACUCUGGGUCGGAGAGCCUCACCCACCAAGCAUAUCGAGUCACCCGCGCAUUCCUCAUGUACAAGAUCAAACCUAUUGUGGACACAAGAUGGAGGGAUUUUAGUAGAAGGCCGUGGCACUUGAGAUCUCUGCUGAGCUUGGGGAGGAUAUUGAUUGUCAUAUGGUUUGUCACAUUAUACUGGGGAGAGCGCUCCGCAUACACCGGACAUGUUGAUUCAUGUCGAUGGGAGAACUGGGAGAACUGGGGAAGCAAUGCGAACCCUCAUAGACUUAUGUUCGUCGCCGACCCUCAACUUGUCGAUCCACAUACCUACCCUGGCCGACCAUGGCCCCUCAAUACGCUCACCGUGAAGUUCACCGAUCAGUACAUGCGCCGAACGUAUUCACAAUUGCAAACCGUACUGUACCCUGACACUGUGUUCAUGUUGGGUGAUCUAUUCGACGGAGGAAGAGAAUGGUCCACGCGUACAAGCCAGAGCCCGGAGAAGCAGUACAGAAAGUACGGUACUGGCUUCUGGUUACGAGAGUACGAUCGUUUUGGGAAGAUAUUCUUCGGCCACUGGCGCGAUGGGGGUUUGCUGCCUAGGCCUGGACAGCCGGGAAGAAAGAUCAUUAGCAGUUUGCCGGGCAAUCACGACCUGGGGUUUGGGAAGGGAAUCCAGACCAGCGUACGGAAACGUUUCAAUGCGUAUUUCGGAGACGGAAAUCGGAUCGAUGUCAUUGCGAAUCACACGUUCGUGUCAUUGGACAGCGUGUCGUUGAGUGCGAUGGGACAGGAAAAUGCAGAUGCUAUGAAGGACUUAUGGGAACCUUCUGCCAAAUUUCUGGAGGGCGUGAAGAAGCAAAAGCAACGGCUGGUCCAGGAAGAGCUUCGAACACAGCAAGGCUUGACAAGGAAUUUACCCUUUCAACAUGGGAUUAUCGAAGCGAGUGGUCUGGCCAGCGCCCAAUUACCCAAGUUCAACGACACGGUUGCUGAGUUCCCUACUGUUUUGUUAAGCCAUGUCCCUCUGUACAGGGCCCCGGGUACUCCCUGCGGACCUCAAAGGGAACAUUGGCCGCCGACUCCGCCGCCAAAGGGCCAGACCGAGCCGUUGGAGAACGACGACCGCAACGCGAUCUCUGUGAGUGGAGGUUAUCAGUAUCAGAAUGUGUUGCACCGCGAUAUCACAAAAGACGUGGCCGACCAAGUUGGUAGCAUUCAAUACGCAUUCUCCGGCGACGACCACGACUACUGCGAGGUGGUACACCGAGGUUACGCCUCAGGCGGUGGAGGAAUCAGAGAGAUAACUGUGAAGUCGAUAUCAUGGGCAAUGGGUGUACGGCACCCAGGUGUUGUGCUGGCAAGCCUGUGGAACCCUGUUGACGAGCUUGGAAAUCCGCUGGAGACAAAUGAGCGGACGCUGCAGACGCACCUCUGUCUGCUUCCCGAUCAGCUGGGUACUUUCAUUCGUUAUGCCACACUGUUCGGCCUCACGGUGCUCACAUUGAGUAUUCGAGCCGCUUUGGUCGCUGCAGGAAUAAUCACUGCGAAAAGUCAGCCCGCAAGAGAUCCUCUACUUCCUGUUACCGAGAAGUCCUCUUCGGCGGAGAACGAGAAAGCCUCGAGUUCUCCCUAUCCGACAGAGCCCACACACGAACCCAACAGCUCCAACUCCUCGUCCACCUCCGACCGCGGCAAUCUCCAAGUCCGCAAUGCAAACACUCGAGCGCGCGACGGGAGUCCCACUCAUGGAUACGGCCUUCCAACAACACCAGGGAAGUAUACAUACCCCUUAGUCCAACAUGCGGGUUAUUUCGGAUCUUCCGACGACGAAGAGUCGAAUCGAAAACCUGACAAACCAUGGGGGACGUCGGGUGCAAAGAGAAGGGUCCCUCCAAAGAAGGGUGCCGCCCUGUUCGCGCAUGAGUUUUUGCAUAGCAUUUUCAAGGUUGGUGGUGUGGUGUUCAUUUGGUAUUUCUGGCUUAUAUGGAAAUGGUAA